AUGAGUAGAAUUGGUCUUUCGCACUUAUCGUCUUCUGCGCGGAACAGUCCAUUCGGCACUGAAAAGAUAUUGGAGGGAAAAAAGAAAAUUAAUAUUAGUCCGAUUAAGUCAGUAAAACAAGAUUUGAAAUACAAGCCUCUUGUUCCUUCGCCGCUCGUCACUUCACCAUUUUGUUAUGCUGCAAAUAAAGAAAAUGCAACAACUCAAACUCAUUCUAACCAGACAGAAUCAAUUUCUAUUCAAACUAAUGUAACAAUUCCUAAUAAGACACCAAUUAUUACUGAUGAAGAUUUGUGCUCAGAGAAGCCCACAGCUGCCUACUGUCAGGUACUUGCUGAACGAAUGAGCAAGGAUAUCGAAGAGCUUUUGCGGAGAAAUUUGGAGCUCACGCGCCAACUUGGCGAUAUUAAAACAGAAAUCAAGAGCGUCGAAAAUGACAUAGAAAUUCUUGAAGAAGUCGUCGUCGAAAUUGAUGACGAUGAAUAA